ACUAUCCUCCUCCUCCCAAAGACAGUCAGGAAUUUUAUCCUCGGGGUCAAGCUUACGAUACUGCUUCCAUAUAUACUGAAGAUUCGUAUAAUUAUUAUCCAACUCAGCCUUAUGAUUACGAUAAUGUAAAUCAAGAAAUGUAUGGUUAUGAUUAUCAUAGAGGUUACCCUCCUAGCGAAAGUUAUCCUCCCAGCGAACGAUAUCCUCCUGGCGAAGGAUAUCUUCCUAACGAACGAUAUCCUCCGGGCGAACGAUAUCCUUCUAACAAUGGGUAUCCUCCUAGUGAUGGGUAUCCUCCUAGUGAAGGUUAUCCUCCUAGUGAAGGGUAUCCUCCCAGUGAAGGUUAUCCUCCUAGUGAUGAUUAUUAUGGUGGUAUGAAUCCUCAUCAAUAUUAUCAGGAUCAAUAUUAUGGUCCACAAGAUGAAUAUGGUUCUAGAGCUUAUUAUGGUCAACCAGCUCAACAACCUUAUAUGGAAAAUACAAAUAGAUAUUCUGGUCAAAGAAAUUCUGGUCCACCUAAUAAUAUAGAAGAUAAAACUAAAUAUACACCCGAAGCAAUAGAUCAAUAUCGACAAAAAAUGAAAACGGUUACCGAUCCUGAUGCUUUAUAUGUUUUUGCUAAAUAUUUAAUUUCUGCUUCAAUUCAUGUUGAUGAUCCUGAUCCUAAAAAUUCUAAAAAGAAAAAAGAAGCAUUACUUCAGGAAGGUGUCAAAUUAAUGAAAC